UUUUACAACACUACAGCCGCAAAUGUAUUCUCGUUUCUCGCUGCUACCCUAUAAAAUUUUGCAAUAAAAAAGGCAGUUUUAUAAAAUAUUGAAACGCCGAAAAAGUGACUGUGCUUGUGCAAUAAAAAUUUAAGCGUUACCAAAGUUCUUACAAUCUAAAGCAGCUGAGUCUUUUUUCAAAUAGUGUAAUAGUGUGUGUGUGUGUCUGGUUGGUUUGGUUACUUGAGUCUUCGUCGCCGCCGAGCAGACGCCAUCGCCCUAUCGUCCAUAUACCUACACAUAUAUAUAUAUAUAUAUAGUGUAUAGCCAUGUCGCGAAGUGUGCGCGCCGAGACACGCAGCCGGGCCAAGGAUGACAUCAAGCGGGUAAUGCAGGCCGUGGACAAGGUGCGGCACUGGGAGAAGAAAUGGGUUACGAUCAGCGAUACCACGAUGAAAAUCUACAAAUGGGUUCCGAUCUCUUCGAACAGUGAGAAGAAAUCGAAGUUACAGCUUAACAAUAAGAUCAGCGACAAGGAGAACUCACAGAAAGGCACGCCCACACCACCUCAAAUAACACCCAGUUAUGCCGGUUUAACUGCCGAUGAUUCAAAUACUUGUUUUUCGGUGGUGAGUGAUAGCCAAGGAGCCGAUUUUGUGUCCAGCAUGCCCUUCUCGGAGGACUCCAAUUCUCAAGGCAGCGACGGGCCAGUGAAGCGUCUGAAAACGAGUGAUUAGCUAGAUAUGAUCAUUCACAGCUCCAGCUACAGUAGCUAAAGUAGCUUGGCGGGCCGUGUGAAUGCGAAAUUGUAAUUAUUUUAUAUAUACAUACAUAGAUUUUAUACUUUAUAUUCUAUUCAAUAUUUUUUUUUUGAUUUGCGAGUAGAUUUUUAGCAUAUUACGAUUAUAUUGAGUACGAAGAUAAUCAUCUGCCUCACCAAGACUUAAGCAAUUCUCCUAUACGUCUAACCAUAAGUAAAAAAUAUACACAAAAAAAUAAAAAAGAAAAUGAUAUAAAAAAAAAAAACAAACACAAAACAAAACACGAUUGUAUGCAUAACUUUUGAUUGUAAACAAAUACUAUAUACUAAUUAGGUAUAAUCGUAAUGUUUAAUGCGCAUUCUCGCAAUGUUAGGGACAUAUAUAUUAUAUUAAAUUACACAUUGUAUGUAGAAUAUAGUUAAGAUAUUAAGUCCAGUCAAAAGUCAGUCUUUUUGUAAACUGUACAACUCUCAGCUUUCGCUGCAAGAACAUUAUGUUUAGUUUGUAGACUUAGCACAAAAUAUUUCAAUUUAUUUAUUCGCACAUACAAUAAACGCAAACACAACAAAAUAAAUCGAAGAGCAAUCUGUUCACAAAUAUUUUAGUACAGCCUUUAUUGCUUAUAACAUCCUCCCAAGCAAGCAAAUAAACAAAAUAAAUGCAGUCGCUAUAAGAAGACUACUAAUAAAUUAAUUGUAAUUUUCUUGAAUAAGAAAUUCGAUGCCAAAUUCUAAUUUAGAUUUAAAUUGUCUCCUUUAACUAAAUUCUACAGUGCAAAAUAAUCAAUGGCUAUUUUAUUUCCAACAUAAUAUAUAAGACAGAUAUCAACUAAUAAGCAAGGAUUCAAGGACUCAACUACAAUGCCAACGUCUUCAUCGAUCCACUUGUUCCAUGCUAUAAUUGAGACAACAGAACCCCGUCUUGAGCUCUGAAAAUAAUAUGAAUCCUUAUCCCAAAUCCCAAAUCGAUUUUUUUUACAUUUUUCUUUUAUUAUUUUUUAUUUCAUGUUUUUCUGUAGUUUUUCUUUUUGUAUAAUAAAAAAAAUUAAUUUCUUUCAACAAAUAGUUUUUCUUUCACUUGACAUUAAAUAUACAUACAUUAACUCUCGUCACAUCUUUUCACAUUAUCAUCGUAAUAUAUAUAUAUAGAUAUAUUUUUAUUUAUUUAUUUAUAUAGAUGUAAGGCCAGCCAGGUUGCGCAAUCGGCUCAA